UGGAGGGCACAGAAGUCCAGGGGCUGAGUGUAGGGCGGUUGUGUCCAGGCCCAAGAGCUAUUUCUGGCUGAUCGCGUCUCCCACGCCGGCCCUUUCUCAGGAAAUUAACAUUCAGUCUGCUGACUGUGCCUUAGGUUGCUGGGUGUGUUCAGAAGCAGCACCCCAGAGAUUCUGAGCUUUUAGAGACUGCCCCCGGGGCAUGUAUUGUGGUCGGGCCUCUGUUUGUGCCAUGCCCUUCCUUCAGUGAGAUAGCGUGUAUUUGGGUCCCAUUUCCAAAUGAAGAUCCGGUGGCGCUGGAACUCCUUCUGACCACUGCUUCAGCCGCCAGAAGAGGAGCGGCAGGAUCCCACCUGCCACGUGAAGGGCAGACCACAGACUUUUGACCUGUACCAGUUGUUCUUUCUGACUUACACAGGCCCAGCAUGGGUGAAUUCAACGAGAAGAAGGCGACAUGCGGCACGGUCUGCCUCAAGUAUCUGCUGUUCACCUACAACUGCUGCUUCUGGCUGGCCGGCCUGGCUGUCAUGGCAGUGGGCGUUUGGACACUGGCCCUCAAGAGCGACUACAUUAGUCUGCUGGCUUCAAACACCUACCUAGCCACAGCCUACAUCUUAGUGGUGGCCGGUGUUGUUGUCAUGGUGACUGGAGUCCUGGGCUGCUGUGCCACUUUCAAGGAGCGACGGAACCUGUUACGCUUGUACUUCAUCCUGCUCCUCAUCAUCUUCCUGCUGGAGAUCAUUGCUGGCAUCCUGGCCUAUGUCUAUUAUCAGCAGUUGAACACAGAGCUCAAGGAGAAUCUGAAGGACACCAUGAUCAAGAAAUACCAACAGCCAGGCCACGAGGGUGUGACCAAUGCUGUAGACAAGCUGCAGCAGGAGUUCCACUGUUGUGGUAGCAACAAUUCUGAAGACUGGCAAAACAGUGAGUGGAGCCACUCUGGGAAGGCGGAAGGCCGUGCAGUUCCUGAUAGCUGCUGUAAGACUAUGGUACUCAAAUGUGGUAUGCGGGACCACGCCUCCAACAUCUAUAAAGUAGAGGGUGGCUGUAUCAGUAAGCUGGAGACCUUUAUCCAGGAGCAUCUGCGCGUCAUCGGGGCUGUGGGCAUCGGCAUUGCCUGUGUGCAGGUCUUCGGCAUGCUCUUCACCUGCUGCUUGUACAGAAGCCUCAAGCUGGAGCACUACUGACCACGGUGCCAGGCAGGCUGCCAGCCUCGCACUAUGAAGCUGGAACACUACUGACCACGGUGCCAGGCAGGCUGCCAGCCUCGCACUAUGUCCUACCCCACUACGAAGUACUACUGAGUUAGACUGCUGACCGCCAGAGAGGUAGCUGUCCUCAUGCCAUCACUGUGGCCCCUGGUGACCCCACCUCAGGGGUGGCUUCAAGUGCCUUUCACUGCAUAUCAAAGUCCCAAGGCUUGAGGCCGUGUACUUGCCCCAGUGUAAGAGGGGCAGGUAUGCCAGUGUUGGGCUAGGCCUCGCUGGUAGAAUAGGUUUUAGAUUAUUUGACAAAAGUGCCUCUUGCCCACAGGCUACUUUCCUGUGGGUAGCUGAGAUUUACAGUAAAUUUGGGGAGAACUUGGGUAUACCACCUGCAUGGUGGGUAGAAGCGGAUGGGAAGGGGCCUUUCUGGGUGAGCUAGGUACCUUUCAUCUGCUUACCCUAAACCAAUGGGGCAAGUUGAAGGGAACUCCAUCCAACCCCACUGUAUAUGCUCUGUCCUCUCCACCCAGGCCUCUCUUGCUCCUAACAGCUUGGCCCUGGCUUUUCCCCACUUCUGAGAACAUCAUGCAAAUGCCCCAUGUUCCUGAACACUGUCUCCUUUUGGAACAUCUCUGCACGGGGCAUGGUUGUUUUUCAUCCACUGCUGUAUCCCACAUGCCCACACAUGCUCCUGCUAUGUAACAGGUGCUCAAUAAAAUGUAUAACAGUCGA